AUGGAUAGAAAAUCUUUUCUGAAACAUAACAAAUUAAUCAAAGCAUUAACAAAAGGCGAGUUUCAGACACAACAGAAUGAAAUUGAAGACAGCAAAAAAAGGAAAAUAUGUACAUCAUUUUCACGGCGUAGUGAGCAAAACGUGCGCGCAUUGGAAGUGAAAAUUUCGAAUGAAUUCGAGAGUGUGAGACAAGAGGAAAAAAAAGUUUUUGACAGCAAAGGCCAUCAUGAAGUGUAA